CGACAAACUUCCGUCACUAUUUGUUAUGUUGCUACUUGUUUGCAAAUCUCAAAUUUUCCGAUUUGUUUUUGAAACUUAAAAAAGAUAUGGGUGAAGAAACUAUUAAUUCCACGCAAAACAAAACCAGGACGAAAACAACGCGCCCCAAGGCAGUGUACCUGUGGACAGUCAGCGAUGUGUUGAAGUGGUAUCGACGCCACUGCGGAGAAUACACCCAAUACGAGCAGCUUUUCGCCCAGCACGAUAUAACCGGAAGGGCUCUACUCCGGAUCACAGACACCUCACUGCAAAGGAUGGGCGUUACGGACAACCGGGAUCGGGAAGCCAUUUGGCGGGAGAUCGUUAAACAGCGACUUAAGACGGACAUCAUGGAAAUCCGGGAUAUGGAGAGGCUCAAUAUUUACUAGAAACACAGUAUAAUAACCAUCUUUGUUUUAGAAUAGAAUAUUUAAAUAUUAAUAUGUGGUUAUUAUGUAACCCUUCUUUUUAAGAUUCUUAGACGCCAUAUCUAGUUUUAGAUUAGACAAACAAGUAUGUUAUUGAUCAAAUAUAAAAAAAAAUUAGUUUUCUGAUUAUUGCUCAUUGUUCAAGAUUCUAACUAUGAAAUCAGCUCUAAAAUGUGCGACUUAUUUAUUUUUUAUUGUUAGGAUACUUUAUUAGAGUAUACUUAAGUAAAGACCAGAAUAUCAUUUCUUUGAGAUCACUGAAA